AGCGAGGGCCAACCUGCGCCGUGCAGAAGUGGUAACUAACCGGACGAUUGCUGUACGGAUUGUGUAAUAAUGGGAUUAGCGGACCGGAGGAAGGUUCAGUUGGUGUCACUCUUCACUAGCAGCACUCCGAGUGGGCUCGCUCGGAAAAGGCCGCUGUCCCGCGCCCAUGACGACUGGCGGGCCGUUUGGCACUUGGCCCGGCGCAUUUGGUAGUCCAUCCUGCAUUGGUUUCAGUCCCCAUUGUGCGGUCGUCGACGAGGGCUGGAUUUUCUCCCAGCCGGCUUAUCGUAUGACAUGAAGACAUGCCCCGUCUCCGUACGGAGUAGAUACAUUCUCCCUAAUCCCUAUCUUCCAUGCACCAUGUGGCACGUGGGUGGCCGGCGUGCUCGUGGGACUCCGCAGUCGUCUCGACUAUUUCGUUAGCGGAACGAUAGAGAAGCACUAGAGAAUGUCGAUCAGCCUGCCUGGCCCAGGUGCGCCCGUGGAAUUGAAGAAACCUGCUCCACAAUCGCAGAUGCGAUUGUCGUUUCCAGAUCAAUUGCGCCCCGGUGUAUCUUACACAGAGUUGGCACGUUCCGGCGGACUGGCCCAGAUGGAAUUUGAGAUUGACGUCUUGACGGGCCGGCUCACCAUGGUUGACGGUGGAGGCCACUGCAUUCCUGCAACCUCAUUGCCCGACUGGCGACACAGGAUUCGUCUGGAAGCCGAUACAGGGAAUUCGGGGCACCCCAUGACUUCAUUGACCGACCGCUUCCUUCCUGAACCGUCAGACACGUCUCAAUUUUGAUGUUUCGGUGCCGUCGCUCUUGUUGACCUGUGCUUGGAAAUAAGCGGUGACGGUUUCAGCGGAUGCCGAAGGAAGCGAUGCCCAGAGAUGAAGGAUCCCCAUAAAAACUCUGUGGAGGCCGUCUAACAAGACCACCAUUGGGAGAUGGUGAAGGUGAAGACUAAAGCCCGCCGAGUCUCCAGUCCAAUCGAUGUUCUGAUUCGCAGAACCGUCAAUGGCUCACCCUCUUGCGCCCGAAUAACCGACGGCGUGCGGAAUAGGAGGAAUCGCCAGACCCCUCCGAAAUGAUGCCUAUUAAGCUUCCACUUCGUAACGGCUGCCAAACGCCCCCUUCGUUUCAAGACGGGUGGCUGCGAGAGCUUAUCUGCAGAGCUUUCCUAGCAAACUUUUUCUGUGCCUAGCGUACGGAAGGAGGCAGACAUUAUAUUAAGGG